CUCUCAGCGAUUUAGCAGUUUAAUUCCUCUAAUACCCAUAUGCUGUUUUGCAAAGAUUUCCAUUUUUCUUCCUCAUAGAUGAUGGAUUAACAAGAAUUGUAAUGGGAGACUCCGAGACCAAUCCGUUCUGUUUCUCUAGCCUCUUGUGCCAAGAAGAUCACGAGUCUUGUUUUACCGAACAAGAAGAAGAUGAAGAAAACACAUAUUGUUAUAACACUAAUGAUAAUAAUAAGCCAUUUUUUGUCUCCGAAGAUGAUGAAGAAUUUGUACAAACCAUGUUCAAGAGAGAAGAAGAAGAAAAAGCUUUUUUCGGAUCCAAAGCCUCUUCUUCUCCUUCUUUAGCUUCGGAUGAUUGGAACAGUUCCAGUAUAAGAACCCAAAGCUGGUUCAAAUCUGCUCGCUUGAAGGCUUUGGAAUGGAUUUACAAUACAAGAGCACAAUUUGGUUUCCACUUCAAAACAGCUUAUCUUUCCGUCACUUACUUUGAUCGGUUUCUCUCUAAACGAUACAUUGAUAGUGGGAAGAUGUGGGCUAUUCGGUUAUUAUCCGUUGCCUGUUUAUCGUUGGCGGCGAAAAUGGAGGAAUGCAAUGUGCCAAUGUUAUCAGAAUUUCGAGUCCAAGAUUAUAACUUUGAGAGCAAGGUGAUUAAGAGAAUGGAGCUAUUGGUUUUAAGUGCCUUGGAAUGGAAAAUGGGGUCAAUUACCCCUUUUGCUUAUCUGAAUUACUUCACCAAUAAGUUCGGCGGCGAAAAUUCGCAACGAUUAGUAGUCUCUACUGCUGUGGAACUGAUUCUGGCCAUGAUAGAAGAGACUAAUUUGAUCGAUAUCCGACCGUCUAUUAUCGCUGCUUCUGCAGUAUUAGUAGCUUCUGAUGGCCAAUUAACAGGAAAGACAAUGGAGCUUAAGAUGAAUGUCAUCUCAUUCUGGCGAUCAGAAGACAAAGAAGAUAUGUAUUCCUGUUGUAAUCUUUUCCAGGAAAUAGAAAAAAGAAAAGUAAAGACACCAUCAGAAUUCUCAUUUUCUUGGAAGAAUUCAUCCUUCAACUCUACUGAAAGCACCAAGAGAAGGCUUUCUUUCAAUGAGCGUGAUCAUCAAACUAGCCCGGUAAAGAAAGUUCAUCGGACAUAAGAGGAAAAGAUUUGUUCUUCUACAACAAAGAUAUAUUGGGUUUUUAAUAGUCUUGAUUAGAUUACAGGUUUCUUUUUCUUUUCCUUUUUUUCCAUUGAAAAUGAUUUUUGGUACUAGGUGGAUUUAUAGUUUUAAUCAGGGUUCAUCACCACAUGGCAUGAUUUGCAAAAAAAUUGAUGAUAGGGGGUUACAAUUUCCAAUACAAACAAAAGUUUUCAGCCAGUGACAAAAGAAAAAAAAGAGGGUAGAAAAAAAAAGUGAGUGUGUGUAAAUAAAAAGGGGAUAACUUUAGCCUACAGUAAAGAAGUGAGAAGCUGACUGAAGUCUAAAGGCCAUUAUGUGAGUGAAGGCCAAGAGUGAGCCAGAAGGCCAUUGACGACUUGUUUGUCUAUAUUGAGUGUUUAGUAGUAUUUGCUUUCACAAAUGCCACUUUCUUUUCUCUUCUUUUUAAUAUUUGUUUUAUUCCUUUGUUUUUUUAAUUAUUAUUACCACUUUCAUGUAAGGAAGAGAGAACAUUUUAUUAGUCAUGUAUACAUCACUUGCAUUAACCCCCUACCUUUUGAUGUGGGGAGGCUUGGGAUGCUUCCUAUGUGUCUUUCAAAAGGCUGAAAGCCAUGAGGAAUGAGGAAUUUGUUUUAGUUUGAUUUGAUGUAUCUGUGUUGCAUUUGGUUGGGCCAUUGAAAAGUAUAUAAAGUUGAACAUGAUUUUAUUUU